AUGCCUCGCACCGCUGUGAAGGGUCAGGUCCUAGUGGAUCUAGUAGCUGAAUUUGCGAAGCCCAUACCAGAAGGAAUGGGAGAAACACUAAGCCCUGACGGGAAACUGAUCAGUACAAUCUCACAGCAAGAGCCUAGUUGGUGGAAAGGACACAUCGACGACGCGGCCAACCAAAGGGGCUCAGGGGUGGACCUCGUUCUGGUCUCCCCCGAAGGGAUCACCGUCGAAAAAUCGUUGAGGCUUGGUUUCUCGGCCACGAAUAACGAAGCAGAGUAUGAGGCACUAUUGGAAGGAAUGUCAAUGAUCCAGAAACUGGGCGGAAAAUCCGUGAACAUGUUCUCGGAUUCGAGACUCGUUGUGGGACAAGUAAACGGGGAGUUGGAGGCGAAGGAUGAAAGAAUGCAAGAGUACCUCGUCCAAGUUAAGCGCCUGCAGACCCAUUUCUUUCACUUCAAUCUGGCGCACGUGUCCAGGAGCGGGAACACCCAUACUGAUUCUCUUGCAACGCUUGCCACCUCCUCGACUCAACUACUUCCUCGGGUUAUUCUAGUAGAAGAUCUCUACUGCCCAACGACGGUGAGGGCCAACCCAAUACGGGUCCACAAUGUCAGGGCUGGACCUAGCUGGAUGGAUCCUCUAGUGCUGUUCUUAAAACAUGACGUCUUACCAGAUGAUAAGAACGAGGCUGACAAGAUUAGAAGGAAGGCUCCUCGAUUCUGGUUGUCCGAGGACUCCAAACUGUACAGGCGCUCAUUCUCAGGGCCGUACUUGUUAUGUGUGCACCCAGAUGCCACUGAACUCGUCCUAGAGGAAUUACACGAAGGAAUUUACGGAAGUCAUACGGGGGGUAGGUCCCUGUCCCAUAGGGCCAUAACGCAAGGUUACUGGUGGCCAAGCAUGCAGAAAGAGGCGCAGGAAUAUGUAAAGAAGUGUGACCAGUGUCAAAGAUUCGGAAUUCCUCACACCCUGAUCUCGGACAACGGUCUUCGGUUUGGUAGUAAAGCUUUCAGAAGGUAUUGUAGCGAGCUGGGAAUUACCAACAAAUACUCCACACCGGCUUACCCGCAAGGUAAUGGGCAGGCGGAAGCCGUCAACAAAACUAUAGUGAAUGGGUUGAAAGAGAGGUUAGACGACGCGAAGGGGAGGUCCAUAGGGGAAACCCCCUUUUCAAUGACCUACGGGGCCGAGGCUGUUAUUCCUUUAGAGAUAAACUUCCCGACACAAAGGACCAUCGCAUUCUGCCCCAGUGCUAACAACGAACUUCUAGAAAAGAGCUUGGACCUCAUCGAGGAAAAAAGAGAGAGCGCAAUGGUCCAGCUUGCCUACUAUCAGCAAAAGCUCAAGCAAGGUUACGACGCCAAGGUAAAGCUAAGGCCCCUGGCGCUCGGGGAUCUGGUAUUGAGGAAGGUCCUGGGCACUGCGAGAAACCCUAUGUAG